CUAGACCAUCAAACGCUACGUGAUAUAAAAAAAAUGGAAAGAAAAGCUUCCGAGAAGAUUUAUCUUCUUCGUUACCCACAAUCGUCCCAACUCCCAAGCGACCCCAAAAGAACAUUACUCGAAUGCUACCGAAGAAGAAGACAAAAGCACCAGUGGAAGAUCAUUGUUCGCUCCUCUACGGUGACAUGGAAGGUAAACAAGGUUUCUUUGAUGAAAUUGACUUCGAAGUUUCAACAAUCUUAUUGGAACUCUCCCACCCCGUCGUGUUCUCUUCCGACCCUCCUCUUUUUCAUAAAUGGGGUCGCACUAAAAAGAGGUCUUGUACCGUCUUCCUUCGUCCGCCGAAGAUUUCACCACCGUGUGCGGAGGUCGCCGAGAUGGGAAGUACUUCGAGUUCGUCGUGUUUAACCGGCGACGCAAAGAAAACAUAUCCUCAAAGCAUUAGAGAAGGUUCUAUGACAAAUCAUAGCUCGAAUCUGAAGAUUACUUCUCAGACAAAAGCAUCAUCGUGUUCGGUUCUCGAGUCAGAGACGGGUUUAAUUAGGGCGCAAGUUGGGUUACUACUAGCCCAGCCCAUUGGAGAAAAUCUGCGUGAUCUACAACCGUUGAUAUACGUUGGUGAUCCUACGGCCAACAAGAGAGAUCACUUGGAACGACGUGGCUUCGAUCUGAACCUUCCAGCAGAAGAAGAAGGUAACCAUAUAUCCACCACAAUGGUUGCUGAUUUUCAGAGUGUAGUGACUAAAGCUCAAGCAGCUGCCCAAGCAAGACAAAGAAGAUUGGGUUUAAUUAGAUCUAAGAAGCGGUUUAGUAGAUUCUUAUCUUCCUACCAAUUCAAGUAGGAAUGGGGUAUUAAAAAGAAAACUUUCUGGAAAGAUUUUGUUGCUAAUAUAUAGUUUUUAUGCGAAUAUGAAACUAAAGUUGCAAGUUCCAUUUUUGAAUAUGAAAUAAAAGCUUAAAAUAAAAUUAUUAU